GUCACGCUGCUGGCGAUGGUGCACCAUCGUUUGUCGUGGUAGAAUGGGCGUGGGUGCAUGCUAGCAUACAACAGCUGGUUCUACAAUCCAACAGACAAUCCCCGACAUCUCUGUGGCAUAUUGUUCGCUGUGCUUAAAUUCUUGCUUGCAGAGAAGCGCCGGUGAUGUUUCGGCAAGCGGUGAAAUUGGCCUGCCACACCUGGUUCGGGGCGUGCUUGACGUGGGGGCUCAUCAUCGAUUGGGCUGGAUGCGUGGUCAUCACCACGAUCUUGCCAGACGGCCAGGCCCAGAGGAGGUGUUGCCAGUGGAGUCAUUACGUGUUUCGGUACUUCAUGCUCAGCUCCUGCCCCUGGAUCCGCGUGUCUCGGCCACCAGUGGAGGAAGUCACGAGGCUGCUCCACCGCGACAGGGUGUGCGUGUUGAUGAACCACACGAGCUUCGGCGACAGUAUCAUGUUCGUCGCCACUACUCCCUCCAACAUCAUCUGGCGCUACCGGACCCUGAUGAAGAGCACCCUGUUUGAUUGGCCCUUUCUGGGUGGUGUCUGUAGAAUGGUGGGACACUUUCCCGUUCUCUUCCGAAGCAAGGACGAGAAUUCGUUCGCCGUGGACAAGCCGGAGCAAGCGAAGAUCAUGGAGAAGGCCGCAGUACCGCACUCGAGUGCCCUCCUCGAAGCUCCAACCAGUGCAGCCCCGCCUAUCCCCCAGGUGAAAGCACACGUCGAGUCAGACGGGUGCCUGUGCCUGUUCCCCGAGGGCAAAAUCAACCGCAACCCUGCAGUCCUCUGCCCCUUCCGAAGGGGCACGUUCGGGGUGGCGGAAGAGAUGAACAUGGCCGUGGUGAGCCUCACGACGGUCGGGUGCGACGAGUCUUGGCCCAGAGAGUCCCCGGUUGGGGGCCUGCCGGCCAGGAUAGUGAUAAGGCUGACCGAGAUCGCCGAGGCGGGCCAUGGGCUGACGGCGGCGGCGCUGCAGGAGAAGGCCGAGGCAUCCAUGCAGGCGGACGUUACGUCUUUGCUUCAGGAGAGGGACGCUUGA